AUGCUGAACUUGUCUGAUAUUCAAGCAAGCGAUUGCAACCAGAACAGACAUCCAGACUCUAUAUGUGGCGCCGCUGCCUUCGAUAACAUGGACGCAUCCGGAGUUUCUUCUGAUACCAAAGAUGGGAGCAAGUUGAGCAACGCAGGUGGCGCCACCGACGAAUCUGAGCGCACUCAGCAAGCAGCACUGGAGGCGGAGAUCGCACUAUUCGAGGCGAAGAUACACAAACUUACCGACGCACUGGCGAUACGGAAGCGGAAGCUUAAUUCUUUAAGGCCCAUUCAUGGACUACCGCCUGAGAUCGUGGCCCACAUAUUCACGCUUCUCGACGCAUGCAUGUGGGAGGACUCCACGUCGUUCUACAAAUGGAUCAAGGCCACACAAUUUUGCUUCCGCUGGCGUGCUAUCGCGCUACAAUCUGCGACACUUUGGAGCCAUAUCGUUGUCCCGCCAAGCUUACAAUGGACCGCCGAGUUAUUGAAACGCGCCGGAGAUUGCCCUCUCACUAUUGUGGACACACAUCUACCUCUUUCGGGCGCCAAGAGUGCCUCUCUGAGGCUCAUCAUGGAGCAACUUCCUCGCGUCGUUGAGUUGCGCGCAACAUCAAACAGCGUCAUUGUGCGCCGUAUUCUUGAGCGUCCUCGAGGCCAGAAGUUCUCAGCGGUGCCACUCGAUAUCUCUGUACGAGUACAACAGUCUCAAGAUGUCACAAUAUCCCGUGAAGAGAUGUCUCCGACUCGAUCGCUGCAACACAUAGAACUUCGGGGCUGGGAAAAAAUAUGGCGCUCCUUAAUGCCACUGUCGGGACUAAAAUCAAUCAAAAUCGGGAAUUGGGGCCCCCUGACAAGAUGCAUGCUCAUAUGGUUGUCCUCCUUGCCGCAAUUGGAAAUUCUUGAAUUGGACAACACUGGUCAUUGCUUUGACAAGCCAGAGCCCGGUCUACAACCCAUCACACUUUCGCGUCUUCUGCGCCUUCGGGUCGUCGCCGAGGCAGCCGAGUGUGUCCACGUUCUCAAAUAUGUCUCAUUUCCUCUCAGCACCCACAUAGCACUUGUCGUCACUGAUUCAGACUUUGCUGUGAACGAUCUUUGUUCAAUGCUCACGAGCAAGGUAGCAUACUCAGACAAAUGGCUGCUUAUAGUUCGAAAGUCGUUUUCAGGAGCCGUUCACGUUGUGGGCGGCGUCCAUCCAUUCACAUUCAGAUAUGCUCGCCAAAGCCGGAAUGUUUUUGGAGACAUGACGUUCCCUUGGAGCGUAUUCCACAUCACGUUUAGAGCACGGACCUUUACCCCAGACAAUUUGGCCUCCUUUUGCGGCGGCUUACAUCUCGACAGCGUACAUUCACUGUACGUCCGGGGAAAAUGUUUCGACUCACCAUGGCAGUGGACCAAAGCAUUCGCGAAGAUGGAUGACGUGAAGGCUCUCGCAAUACGGCCCUUAGGAACAUAUACAGCCACGGUAGAGGCAUCGCUCCAGCGGCCUGCCCCGGGAUCCGGCUCGCAGUAUCUCUUUCCUCACCUGAGAAGACUCCGGAUCAUGAAGCUCUCGCAGGACGACAUGUACGCUACCAGGGAAGGAUCGAAACUUGACGGUAGCGCCCUCGCGAGCAUCCUUGCUCAACGGCGACAAAAUAAUGUUGGGAUCCGGAAAAUACACGAAUGGCGACCAAUGCACGAUGGUGAGAUGAGCUACAAGCGUCGCAAGAAGGCGGCUGCUAAGCGCCGCAUCGAUUUCUACUCUUUUCGCCUCGAUCUCACAAGUACUAACUGGAUGCUUGAGCUGCUGAGACGUUCAGGCCGAAUCGCACUUUCUGUGACGGCAGAUUUCCCUCUAGACCCCACUCCCACGUUAAACCGACAUUCCGCUUGGCUUGCUUCUCUGCGACUCGUGCUAAGAGAGCUCCCACGUAUCAGGGAGUUACGCAUACAUGCAGCAGGAGAUGUUCUGGAGAGUUCUCUAGCCGCGGUAGAUGGAGGGCCAACUAAGAUGGAAAGGCUGGAAUUAGCCAACGUCGGGGGAUUGGUCGACCAGGAGGCGUUGAAGCAUUCCUUGUCAAAACUACUCGCGAACGAGCGCGCGCGCGCCCUACGCCGGCUGGAGCUCACGGAAUUUCCGUAUUGUUGGGGCGAUGCCGUCUCGUUCCUUUCUCUCCGACACUUGCAGCUCAUUUGUGCCCCGGAAUCUACGUCAAAACCAUCAAUUCCAGAAUUGUUGGAACGACUCAGUGUAUUGUCUACUUUGGAGACACUACGCAUGGAACAUGUGGUCCAUCCCCUCCCGGAAAGCUCGGAAGAGCCCCCUGUCAAACGGCAGACUGUCAAGCUCCCUCGCCUUCGCUAUUUACGGCUUGCGGGUAGGAUGAUCGAUAAUGCGAACAUACUCAAUCAUCUCCACCUCCCUGUGGACGUGGUAGUCUCUGUCUCUGUCAGCACUGACGAAGAUGUCAACCAACACUCAGAUGUCCUAGCCUUGGCCAUCACUGCAAAAGUAUCUGACGCAAAGCCCAUAUGCGGCCUCGUGAUGCGUGACGAAGGCCCCCUUUGUUUUCAUGCCCGAAUGCUACUAUAUAACAUGGAUAUACUACCUCCCCACGUCUGCGACGAAUCCAUUCACGCCGACUACUCCAGUACCCUCGCCGGAGCUCAGCUAGAGAUCGAAUUUGAAGAGACGUGGACGGCUUGGAAUACGAUGGCAGUCAUCUGUCGACAACUGCCACUUACCGACAUCCGCUCUCUAGAAAUAUCCGGUAGGCUGUCCACGACGGCAGCAACAGAGUGGAACACGAUUGCUGUUCAAAUGGACCAUCUGACAUCCAUGAAAGUCUGUGGCAGCGUAGGGGAGAUGUUCCUCAGGGCUUCCAUUCCAGAAGAGGUGGAUAUUCCGGAUAACAGCCCGUUGCCAGCCCUUCGGGACCUCCAUCUACACAACGUCAUGUGCAGGGAUACGCACCUGUACGACAAUCCUCACGACGAUAUUAUGCGUCCACAGCUGGACCCUGACAGCAACGUGCUCUACCUCUGGCUCGUGGACCGGCACCGCCGUGGUGCCAAGGUCGAUAGAGUGGCAGUGCAGGCCUGUCGCAACAUUGACCGUAAGGAUGUUCGUCUCUGCAAACAACUCGUGGACACUCUAUUAUGGGAUCGCUACGUCGACAUCGUGGAUACAGCUACGUUUUUGAAACGUGCCGGAGUUUAUGACAGCGACUCUGAUGACUAUUGA